GGGGCGAGGGCGGCGGCGGCCGCGGCCCUGAGGCGGCAGGUCCCAGCCCUGUCUGUGCCCCCCGAGGGGAGCCCUGAGGGCCCCGCACGCCCCCCGAGAUGAGCAGCAAGGACCCCCCCGAGGUCUCUGAGAGGAGCCACCUGAAGGUUUUCCUGCCCCGGAAGCUGGUGGAGUGUUUGCCCAAAUGCCCCGUCCUGCCCAAGGAGCAGCUGCGCUGGAACACCAACGAGGAAAUCGCCUCGUACCUCAUCACCUUCGAGAAACACGACGAGUGGCUCUCGUGCUCCCCCAAAACCAGGCCGCAGAAUGGGUCGGUGAUCCUGUACAACCGCAAGAAGGUGAAGUACCGCAAGGACGGGUAUUGCUGGAAGAAGCGCAAGGAUGGGAAGACGACACGUGAGGACCACAUGAAGCUGAAGGUGCAGGGGGUGGAGUGCCUCUACGGCUGCUACGUCCACUCCUCCAUCGUGCCCACCUUCCACCGCCGCUGCUACUGGCUGCUGCAGAACCCCGACAUCGUCCUGGUUCACUACCUGAACGUGCCGGCCAUGGAGGAGUGCGGCCGCCCCUGCGCCCCCCCCCUCUGCAGCCCCCCCAUCUGCACCCCCCCGAUCUGCGCCGCCACCGCCGACCCCCGGGAGUGGCUCAAGUGGUCCCAGGAGGAGCUGGUGGCCCAGCUGCGCCCCAUGUUCCACGGGGUGAAGUGGGGCUGCGGGAAUGGGGGGGCCCCCCCCGGGCUGUCCCUGGAGCAGCUGGUGCAGCACGUCCUGGAGCGGCACCAGGCCCGGCCACCCCCCCGCACCCACGCCUGCCUCUGCGCCGGGGGGGCUGGGUCCCCCGCCCACACGUGCCGCAGCACCAAGCACCGCAGCAUCUCCCCAAGGGUAGCGGGGGGGGGCGGGGGGGGCGUGCCGGGGGACGCCCCCAAACCCGCCCCCUCCUCCCCCGACACCACCCAGCCCUCCCCGGGCCUGGGCGGGGGCGCGGCGGCCCCCGAGGGGCCCCGCGGUGGCCCCGCGUUCCCCCUGCCCCUGCUGGUGGUGAGCGGCCUGGGGGGGGGCGCGGCGCCGGGGGGGCCCGAGCAGCCGCUGGGCCUGACCCCCAGCCAGCACCUGGUGACCCCCGAGGGCACCUGCCCCACGGCGCCGCCGCCCCCCGCCGCCUUCGACCCCGACUGCUUCCUCAACAGCCCCCGCCGCGGGCAGACCUACGGCUGCGAGGCCGAGGCCCCCCCCGGCGCGCCCCCCCCGCCCCCCGCCGUGCCCCCGAAACCGGGGGGGGGCCGGGAGGAGGAGGAGGAGGAGGGAAAACCGGGGGUGACCCUCCAGGACCCCCCUUGCGAGCUCAACGUGGCCCCCCCGCAGCACCCCUUCCCCCUGCCCUUCCCCGAGCUGCUGGGGGGGGACGCCGGGGUCCCCCCAAACCCGCGCGGGGACCCCCACGAGCCGCCCCCCACGCCCCACCCUCCUCCUUCCCCCCCGGCCCCCUCCACAGACCCCCCCGUGGCCAUCACCGACUUCUCCCCGGAGUGGUCCUACCCCGAGGGCGGGGUGAAGGUGCUGAUCACGGGCCCGUGGGGGGACCCCGGCGCCUACUCCUGCCUCUUCGACCGCACCUCGGUCCCGGCCGCGCUGGUCCAGCCGGGCGUCCUGCGCUGCUACUGCCCCCCCCACGAGGCCGGCGUGGCCGCCCUGCGCGUGGCCUGUCCCCCCCGGCUGCUCACGGCCGCCGCCCCCUUCGAGUACCGGGCUCGGGGGGCCGUGAGGGGCCCCCCCGGGACACAGAUGGACUGGCUGGCGCUGGAUGAGACCCAGUUCCGUCUGUCCAUCCUGGAGCGCCUGGAGCAGCUGGAGACACGGCUGGGGGCCCUGCCCCCCCCUGCACCCCUCCCUCCCCCACGGGGGGCCCCCUCCGAUCCCCCCCCGGAGCAGGGGCCGGGCUCGUCCUUCGAGGCGCGGGUGGUGGCCGUCUGCGAGGCCAUGAUGGCGCGGCCGGGCUGGCCGGGGACGUCGCCGGGGCCGUCGGUGCUGGCCCACGGGGCCACCUUCCGCGGGAUGACGCUGCUGCACUUGGCGGCCGCCCAGGGCUACGCCGGCCUGGUGGAGGCCCUGCGGCGCUGGCGGGCGCUGGCGGUCGACAGCCUGGAGCUGGAGCAGGAGAUUGACCCCCUCAACGUGGACCAUUUCUCCUGCACCCCGCUGAUGUGGGCGUGUGCCCUGGGGCACCGGGAGGCGGCAGAGCGGCUGUGCCGCUGGGACCGGCGGGCGCUGGCCGUCCCUGACACCCUGGGGCGGCUGCCGCUGGCCCUGGCACGUGCCCGUGGCCACCUGGCCCUGGUGACCCGCCUGGAGGAGCUGCAGAUGUCACCGGUGUCCCCGCGCUGUCACCUGCCCGGCCUGCGUGUCCCCUCCCCGCUCUCAGCCAGCCCCGACACAGGGCUGAGCACGGCCAGCAGCCUGUCGUCCCCGUCGGGACUCUCGGAGGGUCCCAGCUCCGUCCCGCUGCCCCCCGGCCCCCCCGGCCCCCCCGAGGACGAGAGCUGGGGGGUGGCCGUGCCCCCCAGCCCCCCCGAGGACGCCCUGGCCGCACCCACCGACAUCCUGCAGGCCGAGGUGGUGACGCUGGCACGACAGAUCAUCGAGGCCACCCCCGAGCGCAUCAAGCAGGAGGCUCCGGGGGGGCCGCCGGGGGCACUGGGAGCGCUGGGAGCGGCGGGGGGGCCGGCGGGGGGGCCGGCAGGGACCCCCGGGACCCCCGGGGGGCUCAGCGCUGCCAUGGCCUGGCUCGCCACGUACCUGGAGAGCGUCGAUCGUCCCCCGGCGCCCCCCCACAGGGCAGAGGCUGCCCCGCGGGGGUCCCCGGGGGUCCCUGAGCGGCCGCCCCCCCCGUCGGCCGUGGGCUGGGCCGAGUUCCUGAACGCCUCGGGGGGGGCGAGGGGCGAGGGGGGGGCCGUGGCCCUGCUCACCCUCAGCGACCAGGAGCAGCACGAGCUCUACGAGGCCGCGCGCCUCGUCCAGGGCGCCUUCCGCAAGUACCGGGGCCGGAGGCUGAAGGAGCAGCAGGAGCUGGCGGCCGCCGUCAUCCAGCGCUGCUACCGCAAGUACAAGCAGUUUGCCCUGUUCCAGCGGAUGACGCAGGCCGCCAUCCUGAUCCAGAGCAAGUUCCGGAGCUACGCGGAGCAGAAGCGGUUCCAGCGGCGCCGGCGCGCGGCCGUGCUCAUCCAGCAGCGCUUCCGCAGCCUCCGGCAGCACCGGAGCACCUUCCUCACCCUCAAGCAGGACCAGGCGGCCCGGAAGAUCAUGAGGUUCCUGCGGCGCUGCCGCCACCGGAUGGAGGAGCUGAAGCAGAACAAGGAGGUGGACAGUUUACAGACGCGGGGCCUGGCCUCGUGACCCCCCCACGGGGGACCCAGGCAUCGGGGGGGCUCCACCCCCCCCCACCACAGGGGACCCAGGCAACAGGGGGGCCCCCUCCCCGGCCCCCCCCCCAGGCUUUGCCGAGUGUCCGGGUCCCCCAGGGGACCCGUGGGGAGGGGAAGGGGGGGGCAGAGCCAUCCCACGCCCCUCCUCACAUGCCCCUGUCCCUGCCCCGCAUGCCCCACUCCCUCUCCCCCCCCAGCCCCGUGUGGGCUGUUUGUACAAAGUUCCAUUAAAAACCGAGGAAGCGGGAAAAAAAGACCUGA